AUGAGAAAAAAAGAUAGUGAAUAUAUAAUUAAUAGCACAUAUGAAUCUUGCUUAAGAAAACUAGAGGAAAAUAUGCAAAAAAGUAAGUUAGCAUUAAAAAAUGAAAAAGAAAAAAAAAUAAAUAUUAAAGAUAUUGAAUUUAAUAUAAAAAACCAUAUGAAUGAAAUGACUAAACUAGUAAAAGAAGCCAAAAUUAUAAAUUCCUCCACAAGUAACAAUAUAAAAGAUUUUUAUAACGGAUUAAUGAAGUGUGAAGAGCUUUGCAACCAACUAACUUCUGAUGAAAUAAAUCAAAAAAUAAAUGAAACGUUUAAUAAUAUAGUAACGGAAAUAAAUAACAAAUGUAAACCAAUAGUUUUAUAA